CUGGCAUUGACAGUGGGCAGUUCGUGCCCCUCCGUCACACCGUGUUCUCCCCACCAAUAAUUGCAAGAGGAAGCUCAGCGGAGCAAAAUAUUUGUUCCUGCAGACACCGUUGACCGCAACAUCUUUCCUUCAAGUUCUCAGCCCGUGCAAGCAAAUUCUUCUUCUCAAACAGAUCAAGUACAAUUUCAUACAUCUCAAUCACUCUUCAAAAUGUCGAACGAGCAAACUUUCAUUGCCGUCAAGCCAGAUGGCGUCCAGCGUGGACUUGUCGGAGACAUCAUCUCCCGCUUUGAGAAGAGAGGGUACAAAUUGGUUGCCUUGAAGAUGGUCUCACCAUCCAAGGAGCACCUUGAGAAGCACUACGAGGACCUCUCGGACAAGCCUUUCUUCAAGGGUUUGGUUACAUACAUGCUGAGCGGCCCCAUCGUGGCCAUGGUCUGGGAAGGUCGUGAUGCUUGCAAGACCGGCCGAUCCAUCCUCGGUGCCACCAACCCUCUUGCUUCUGCCCCUGGCACCAUCCGAGGUGACUAUGCCAUCGAUGUCGGUCGCAACGUCUGCCACGGUUCCGACUCUGUUGAGAGCGCGAAGAAGGAGAUUGCUCUGUGGUUCAAGCCAGAGGAGAUCCAGAGCUACAAGUCCGCUCAGUUCGACUGGAUCUACGAGAAGGCAUAAACGGUUUGCCAAGUGUCAAAUGGCAUAACCCGCACGGCAGCGGAUAGUUCUAUCCUCCAACCUGCCGUUGCGACAGUCCAAAACAUACAAGACAGAGCACAUAGACUUGCAGAGUCAAAAAAUGAUGACGACUUGGAUCGCACGUCCUGAAAAACACUCUACCAUAUACCCUUUUUGAGUCUGGUGAUCUAAGCCUUGCGACGAUAAUAAGUGACGUUAUAAGCCUG